UAGACUGAUGCUGGCACUAAGACCGCACCGAAUGAGCUUUAUUCCAAAAUAAGCAAACAGGAAAAUGCUUACCCAGAGUCGGCGAUCCUAGUAGCCGGGGACUUUAUUGCAGGGAAACAUAAAUUCGUCUUACCAAGUUUCUAUCAGCAUGUUAAAUGUGCAACCAAAGGGGGAAAAAACUCUGGACCACCUUUACUCCACACACAGAGACGCAUUCAAAGCUCUCCCUUCCCCUCCAUUUGGCAAAUCUGACCAUAAUUCUAUCCUCCUGAUUCCUGCUUACAAGCAAAAAUUAAAGCAGGAAGCACCAGUGACUCGAUCAAUAAAAAGUAGUCAGAUGAAACAGAUGCUAAGCUACAGGACUGUUUUGCUAGCACAGACUGGAAUAUGUUUUGGGAUUCCUCCGAUGACGUUGAGGAGUACACCACAUCAGUCAUUGGCUUCAUCAAUAAUUCGUCGUCCCCACAAUGACCGUACAUACAUACCUCAACCAGAAGCCAUGGAUUACAGACAACAUCCGCACUUAGCUAAAGGCUAGAGCUGCUGUUUUCAAGGGGCGGUACUCUAACCCGGAAGUUUAUAAGAAAUCCCUCCGACGAACCAUCAAACAGGCAAAACGUCAAUACAGGACUACAAAGGCAAGCACAGCCAAGAGCAGCCCAGUGACACGAGCCAACCAGACGAGCUAAACUACUUCUAUGCUUGCUUCGAGGCAAAUAGCACUGAAACAUGCAUGAGCGCACCAGCUGUUCCGGAAGACUGUGUGAUCAUGCUCUCCGCAGCCGAUGUGAGUAAGACCUUUCAACAGGUCAAAACUUUCAAGGCCGCAGGGACAGAAAAAUUACCAGGACGUGUACUGCGAGCAUACGCUGACCAACUGGUAAGUGUCUUCACUGACAUUUUCAACCUCUCCCUGUCCGAGUCUGUAAACCAACAUGUUUUAAGCAGACCACCAUGGUGCCUGUGCCCAAGAACACUAAGGUAACCUGCCUAAAUGACUACCGACCCGUAGCACUCACAUCUGUAGUCAUGAAGUGCUUUGAAAUGCUGGUCAUGGCUCACAUCAACACUAUUAUCCCAGAAACCCUAGGCCCACUCCAAUUUGCAUACAACCCUAACAGAUCCACAGGUGAUGCAAUCUCUAUUGCACUCCACACUUCUCUUUCCCACCUGGACAGAAGGAACACCUAUGUGAGAAUGCUAUUCAUUGACUACAGCGCAGCGUUCAACACCAUAGUGCCCUCAAAGCUCAUCAAUAAGCUAAGGACCCUGGGACUAAACCCCUCCCUCUGAAACUGGAUCCUGGAAUUCCUGACGGGCCACCCUCAGGUGGUAAGGGUAGGUAACAACACAUCCGCCACGCUGAUCCUCAACACAUGGGCCCCUCAGGGGUGCAUGCUCAAUCCCCUCCUGUACUCCCUGUUCACUCAUGACUGCACGGCCAGGAACAACUCCAACACCAUCAUUAAGUUUGCCGAUGACACAACAGUGGUAGGCCUGAUUACCGACAACGAUGAGACAGCCUAUAGGGAGGAGGUCAGAGGCCUGGCCAUAUGGUGCCAGGACAACAACCUCUCCCUCAAUGUGAUCAAGACAAAAGAGAUGAUUGUGGACUACAGGAAAAAGAGGACCUAGCACGACCCCAUUCUCAUUGACGGGGCUGUAAUGGAGCAGGUUGGGAGCUUCAAGUUCCUUGGUGUCCACAUCACCAACAAACUAACAUGGUCCAAGCACACCAAGACAGUCGUGAAGAGGGCACGACAAAACCUAUUCCCCCUCAGGAGACUGAAAAGAUUUGGCCUCUGACCGCAUGGCACUACAGAGGGUAGUGCGUACGGCCCAGUACAUCACUGGGGCCAAGCUUACUGCCAUCCAGGACGUCUACACCAGGCAGUGUCAGAGGAAGGCUGCUCGUGGUUUAAAUUUCUGGCCAGACAUUUAUUUUAUAUCUUGGAUUUGGGUAGUUUAUGGCCUUAACAUAUUGUAUGGACUUUCAUGGUCAUGCUGCUCUUCUGUGGGCACAAUGGCCUUUGUGAAUACCAAGCGGUGUCAGAGGAAGGCCCUAAAAAUUGUCAAAGACUCCAGCCACCCUAGUCAUAGACUGUUCUCUCUGCUACCGCACGGCAAGUGGUACCGGAGCGCCAAGUCUAGGUCCAAGAGGUUUCUAAAUAGCUUCUACCCCAAGCCAUGUGACUCCUGAACAGCUAAUCAAAUAGCUACCCGGACUAUUUGCAUUGCCCCCCCCCCCCUUUACACCGCUGCUACUCUGUUAUCAUCUAUGUAUAGUCACUUUAAUAAGUCUAUCUACAUGUACAUAUUACCUCAACUAACCGGGGCCCCCGCACAUUGACUCUGUACCGGUACCCCCAUGUGUAUAGUCUCGCUAUUAUUAUUUUACUGCUGCUCUUUAAUUACUUAUUACUUUUAUUUCUUAUUCUUACUCAUAUAUUUUUUUUAAACUGCAUUGUUGGUUCGGGGCUCGUAAGUAAGCAUUUCACUGUAAUGUCUACACCUGUUGUAUGCGGCGCAUGUGACUAAUAACAUUUGAUUUGACGAAAGCUGUACUGCCCUUUUGUUGCCACGACAACAGAAGCCAUUCCACAAUCACAAGGGAGGAAUGUUCCCGAGGACCUGGGGGCAGAUGCUCCGCCCAAAGAGGGAAUUCAGGUGCUGCACACCUGGAAACCAAACUGAACUGAAAUAAACUGAUGUGUAGUGUACGUCUCAGGAACACAGAAGAUAAGCCGUAAAACCACGACAUGUCUAAAUAACCUUAGUUACCCUAUAGCCAGUUCCAUAUUACCAUUUAGGGAUUGUCUGGAUGUCAGGGUGUGUUUGUGUCUGGUGUAAAAGCAGGUAGAACAGGUUCCUGGUUGUUCUGAUCUGAAUGCCCUGCACUGCCCUCCCCCUUCCCUAGCCUAUUGUUCCCUCUCUCUCAUACGCUGGCUGUUUCACUGAGAGAUCUCACUGCAUUCCGCACACCUGUUAGCUGUAACCACCUGACCAAGCACCAGAAAAAGAACAGGAACGAGAGAGACGGGAUAUGGACCUUUACGCAAUCAUCAGUGCUGUUUUGCUUCUGCAACUGCAAGGUUUUCAUGUGGCCUUGCUCCAGGCACCAACAGACUCUCCAGGACGGACGAUUGAUCAAAGUUGGCUUCGUCAAUUGGCCAAAUCCAAGCUAAACAAGACGUCACAAGCUCAGCCCAAUGACAUUGUUGAUAUGACCCUGGAGGGUACUGAGUCAACAGAUGACUCUGCUGAGGUUAUCGCAAAUGGAUCCGUGUCAUUUAGUGGGGAACAGGUCAACAUCCAGGACACAAAUGAGACUUCAGGUGGUGUGACAAAUGGCACCACAGUGCCACCAGGGUUGCCAGAUGCUACAGCAGAGGAACCUCCAGAAACCACUGUUGCACCAGAACCCCCAGUGAGUGUUGCCUUAAACUCAAGCCAAGUUUCCAAUGCAACCGGAGAGGACAGUGGAUUCCAAACUACCACCACUACUGCAAUCACAGAAAACUCAAAUGGCUCUAAUUCCAUGUCCAAUUACACUAAAUUAAAUGAGACAACCACAGCUCCAGACACCAAUAGCACAGAGCAGACUGGUCCAGAUCCUGAUGCUGAGAACAGGGUAACCAACAGUACAGAGGACUUCCAUAAUGUAACGACUGCAGUACCAGAGCCAUCCAGUGAACCAUCCACAGCUUCCCCCUCCACAAAGCUUCCCUUGGACUCCCCUGGGACGACAACUGCCAAAAUCAUCCCAGAAACUAAAACAACCACAGGUCCCAGCACAAUAACAGACACGAUGGAAACGGGUGCCGCUUCAGGAAGCAACUCUGCGAGAGGCUUGGCCUCAGAUGCAGUGCAGAACAAGAAGAGGAGUCAGGCAUGGGCUGCCAUCCUGGGCACAGGAGUGGCAGUGUGCUUCGUGGCGUUGGUGGUCUAUGUCAUCCUGAGAAGGAGAGGCCAACGGGAUUUCACACACAGGAAGCUUGUUGAGGAAAUCCCAGACCCAGUUCUACGACUGAACAACACUGAGCCUGUGGACUUGAAAUUUGAUGGUUCAGCCUACUACAAUCGUGGACUCCAAAUGGAAAAUAUCCAAAUGGACCACUUUCCACAAGGACAUCAAAAUUGAAAAGGACUCCAAGACUAACCUUAAACACUUUAAAGAAGACUUUCAUAUACAAAAUACUUAUUGAGACCCGACAUAUGCAUUAACAUGCAUAAGUCUCUAUAGCAGAAUGUCAAGUCAUGGAUUUACUGCACCCUAAUGCAUUGGUUUUGUGGGCUAAUUUUUUUGUACAUUUUCCAAAUUUCAGAAAACUUUGAGAAUGUGGAAAAGUGUUAGGAAUUUAUUAUUCUUUUGGAACAUUUGAAUUAUAUGUUUAUAUGUUUUUAGUUCUAAAAUUACAUUGGUUUGGAAGGAAAGUUUUUUUUAAAUUUGCUGGAAAUAUUCCCAUUCUUUGUUACGCCUAGGACGAAUACUACCUUUACAUAACUUAGACUUCCACAUAAUUAUCGCAUUGAUCUCAAUGGGAGAAAACGUCAUGCAUGGAUCUCAAUUUAUGAUUCUAGACACUUCAGCACAGUCUAUUAUAGAAGUAGUAAAAGCCAAAAAUGAAGUAUAUAUUUCCAAGAUGGUUCGACAAAGGUAACUAAACAUUUCUUAGACAUGAAGACCUACACCCAAAUAAGGUUAUUUUUGUACCUUACUCUAAAUGACAAUUUAGCCGCAGGUCAACUCAAUUUUUAUUUAACCUUUAUUUAACUAGGCAAGUCAGAUAAGAACCCAUUCUUAUUUACAAUGACGGCCUACUCCGGCCAAACCCUCCCCUAACCCGAACAACGCUGGGCCAAUUGUGCGCCGCCCAAUGGGACUCCCGAUCACGGCUGGUUGUGACACAGCCCGGGAUCAAACCAGGGUCAUACUGUAGUAUCGCUUUUUUUAAUCAACCCAAAUUAGAAGUUAUUAAGUACUACUUAAGUAAUUUUGUGGGGUAUCUGUACUUUAAUAUUUAUAUUUACUUCUACUUUUACUUUUACUUCACUAUAUUCCCGAAGAAAAUAAUGUACUUUUCACUCCAUACAUUUUCCCUGACACCCAAAAGUACUCGUUACAUUUUGAAUGCUUAGCAGUACAGGAAAAUGGUCCAAUACACGCACUUAUUAAGAGAACAUCCCUGGACAUACUGUCUGUGAUCUGACGUACUCACUAAACACAAAUGCUUGGUUUGAAAAUUAUGUUGGAGUGUUCCCCUGGCUCUCUGUAAAUAAAAUACCAAAUUAAAUUAGCUUAAUAUAAGGAUUUUGAAAUGAUUUAUACUUUUAUUUUUUAACAAUUACAUUUAGUUUUGAUACUUAAGUAUAUUUAAAACCAAAUACUUUAAGACUUUUACUGGGUGACUCACUAAUACUUGAGUCAUUUUCUGUGAAGGUAUCUUUACUUUUACUGAAGUAUGACAAUUGGGUAUUUUUUCCACCACUGCUUUUUCUAAAAUGUUUAAUGAGAUUGGAGAACACUUUGGGACGGAUCCAGGGCCGGCCCUCUCAUUAGGCAGGAUUAGGAGGCCACCUAUGGUGGAAGAUUAAUGAGGGCAGCAUUUUCUGAGCUAAACUGACCAAGAUGUACCUCCAACAACACAUAAAACCUCAUAGAUACUGAACAAAAAUAUAAAACGCAACAUGCGACAACUAUUUUACUGGGUUACAGUUCAUAUAAAGAAAUCAUUCAAUUAAAAUAAAUAAAUUUGGCCCUAAUCUAUGGAUUUCAAAUUACUUGGCAGGGGCGCAUCCAUGGGUGGGCCUGGGAGGGCAUAGGCCCACCCACUUGGGAGCCAGGGCCCCAGCCAAACAGAAUAUGUUUUUCCUCACAAAAUAUCUUAAUUACAGACGGAAAUACUCCUCAGUUUCAUCAAUUGUCCAAUUGUCCGGGUGGCUGGCCUCAGAUGAUCACGCAGGUGAAGAAGCCAGAUGUGGAGGUCCUGGGCUGGCGUGGUUACACGUGGUCUGAGGUUGUGAGGCCAGUUGGGCGUACUGCCAAAUUCUCUAAAAUGACGUUGGAGGUGGCUUAUUGUAGAGAAAUUAACAUUAAAUUCUCUUGUAACAGCUCUGGUGGACAUUCCUGUAGUCAGCAUGCCAAUUGCACACUCCAUCAAAACUUGAGACAUGUGUGGCGUUGUGUGACAAAACUUCACGUUUUAGAGUGGCCUUUUAUUGUCCCUAGCACCUAGGUGCACCUGUGUAAUGAUCAUGCUGUGUAAUCAGCUUCUUGAUAUUACUUUGGCAAAUGAGAAAUGCUCACCUCAGAGAUGUAAACAAAUUUGUGCCAAAAUUUGAGAGAAAUAAGCUUUUUGUGCGUAUGGACAUUUCUGGGAUAUUUUAUUUCAGCUCAUGAAACAUGGGACCAGCACUUUAUAUGUUGUGUUAAUAUUUUCGUAAAAUUCUGCCCAAAAACAAUGACAAUUUGUGAAAGUGAAAGUAAAACAAAAUACAACUAAAUCUCUCUCAACUCUC